AAGCGUCUCCAAUUAUCCAGGAGGAGAAACAUCCGUGGAUUUCUCUGCGCCCUUUGCCUCAGAACUAAAUUGAUUUUGAGGGAUCCGUGGUCGAUGCUGAAGAAACUCGCAUGUGAAUAACUUAAGCGGGAUGAUUGAUUCGUUUGCGCAAAGACAUCUGGAUAUCUCCAAUAUGUAGAAAACAAAAGUGUGAGUUUGGGUGUUUUGUGACCAGGACAAGUUGUUCCCACGUCUGGGUGUGAGUAGUUUCUUCACGUGAUGCGUAAAAGCGAUUAUUAAUUUGUUCAGUCUCAUUCUCCAUCUGAGCCACACUCUGCUUCACUUUAAGCUCUGCACCUGCACCUGCCGGAUGUUGAUUGAAAAUAAUCGACAAGUUUGAGGAGAGAGAGAGAAAGAGAGAGAUGCUUCAGCACACUGGACAGCACUCGUGGAAGUUGGAGAGUACAGGGACGCGCGCACACAGGAGGAUUUAAUUGAAAAUAAUCUUUGGAGGAGCUCCUGCAGGGAUCAUGGUUGAUUUUAACUCCUUAUUAUCACCAACAACAGGUAACCCGAGAGGGGACUUUCCGGAGUGAGACAUGGACUUUGCUGACGUUAUCUUCGCUCUGUUCAUCAUCGUGGUCGCGGUGGUCUCACUGUUGUCCAACUUGUUGGUGCUGCUAUGCUUCGUCCACAGCACCGAGAUCCGCCGACAGGUGCCCGGGGUCUUCACCAUGAACCUGUCCUUCUGCAACAUCCUCAUCACUGUGCUCAACAUGCCGGCCACCCUGGUGGGGGUCAUCCGGGAUCAGCAGCCUUUCGGGGAUUGCAUUUGCCACACGAUGAGCUUCCUGGAGACUUUCCUCACCGCCAACACCAUGUUGAGCAUGGCGGCGCUCAGCAUAGACCGGUGGAUCGCGGUGGUGUUCCCGCUCAGCUACUCCGCCAAGAUGCGCUACAAGGACGCGCUGAUCAUGGUGUGCUACUCCUGGCUGCACUCCUUCACCUUCUCCCUCACGGCCCUGCUCUUCUCCUGGGUGGACUACAGCUCAGUGUACGCGUCCUGCACCUUACAGCCCACAGUGGAAGGGGGAGACAGGAUUAAGUUUACUAUCUUCACAGUGGUUUUCCACGCCACCAGCUUCAUGCUCUCCCUGCUCAUAUUGUGUUUCACAUACUUGAAGGUGCUGAAAGUGGCGAGGUUUCACUGCAAAAGGAUUGACAUUAUCACCAUGCAGACUCUGUUUCUCCUGGUCGACAUUCACCCAAGCGUGAAACAAAGAUGUUUAGCAGAGCAAAAGAGGAGAAAGCAGAGAGCCACAAAGAAGAUCAGCAUCUUCAUCGGCUCUUUCAUCAUCUGCUUUGCCCCCUAUGUUAUCACAAGGUUGGUCGAGCUUCUCCCCUUUGUGGACAUCAACCGCCGCUGGGGAAUCAUCAGUAAGUGCCUGACAUACAGCAAGGCUGCGUCGGACCCCUUUGCCUACUCCCUCCUACGUCAGCAGUACAAGAAAGUCCUGGUUACUGUCGUCAACAGGCUGCUCCGUCGUGACCUGUACCCCUCGUCUGGCCACAACAGCUCUUUAGACACGGAGAACGACUACUGUCUCCAGAGGAUCAGCUAAUGGCAAAUGUGCGGCGGAAAUGGCAGAUACACAUGACGGGCCAAAAAUAUACGUUGCCUCAUGGAAGAAGGUGGGCGGAGGAGAAGAAUGAGAAGAGAAACAGGACAUUGUAAGGGAGGGAAAAUCGAGCUGAUAGAGGGGACAUAAUGUGGGUUGGGGUGAAGAGAGAGCAUACGUAAGGAAGGCAGUGGGUGGACAAGAAUGACAAGACAGCACUGAGAGGGAGGAUGAAGGGGCAAAAGAGGAGAUGGAUAGGGAGCGACGAGUACGAUGUGGAAACUUUGUCCUUAGACAGAAUUGACAAACAAGACAUCUGUGAUUCAUCGGUGGAAACACACAAAACCACAUAGAUCACACAAAUCAAUUUCUUCAGAGGAGUCGUGGGUUCAGAUGAAUCUCAAACUGAAGGACAAAGCAGCCGACACGGUCCCUUCUUCUCUUUGAGCAACAUGUAUAAAGUGGCCUUUUGUACUGAACCUACCGCUUUGUAAUGAUUUUGGCAAAGUCCACAUGUAGAGACCUUUCUUCUGUCACCAAACGCAGGGACAGAGCCGGGAGCGGAUAGUCAAUAGAAGCUGGAGCGAAAAGAAGGAAAUACUUUUUUGCCACAGCUUCUGGAUAAUUUACUCAACUGCUGCACAUUAUUGCCAUGUUCUGUAUUGACCAUGUUAGACUACUUUGCAGUGUCAUGUCAGUCACUGAAUAUUGAUGCACUUUGUCUAAUUCUCUCAGAGCUACUAUAGUUACAGGAGCCAAAGGCAAAUAACAUUUACAACAUGAUUUUAAAUGGUAAGAUUGGUGAUAUUUUACAUAUUUUUCUUGUUGUUAACGAGGUCCGUGAAAAGAGCAAAAAUAACAAUGUAUCACUCCAUUACUCAGUAUUUUUCAGACCCUGUUCUUCCUGUAGUAUUUUUGCCUUUAUUCGAGUAGGUAUGAAAUGCAAAACAGGACUGGUCACAGAUAUAAAUUGUAACUUUCAAAAUGGUUAUACAUUUGUUCCUGAAACCUGGGCGCUGUCGUUUUUAAGCAAAUAAUACUAAAACGUUUUUUGGGGACUAUUUUCUGACACAGGUCAAUACACACCUGUGUGUGUAUAUUUGUUAGAAAGAAAAUUAACUACAGUGCCUUGGUUCAUGGUAUUGAAGAAGUCAAUCAGAUCAAAAGCGUAAGGGUUUUUAGAUAAUUGACAAACAAAGAACACUCCGUGUAAAAAUGUAAUUGCCAGGACCCAAGUUCCUACGGCACUAAGUCUGCGAACAUCUUAGUGUUGACGUGUUUUAGUUAAUUAAAUCCAACUCCCUUGUGAAUUAAACCGGAGUAGGCCUACUCACAAGUCCCGGAGGCAAGGAUAAUGUACGUUUAUUUGAAGUUGGAGAUCACUGGCUACAUCAAUUAAUUAUCUAUUUAAGUCUUUUCAUGAGAUUUCCUGAUCAUGAAAAAAACAUAAAAUAUCACCGACUUAUCCUUUUAAAUGUAUCCUUUGUGCAUUUGAAACUGAAUGUACUAGUGGCGACCCACUUUGGACUGAAAUGCAUUUGUACAACUGUUCUUUGUUUUGCCAGUUUAAAAUGUUUCUAUGGAUAUUUACAUGAUGUUAUUAUAUAUUUUGCACUGUACAGGAACAACAUUUUGUCUAGAUAAAAGGGUGAUGUAGCAUAGGGAUGCUAGAAGUGCUUAAAACACACUUGUUAUGUGUUUGUGCCAGAAUUGAACAUUUGACUUUUUCAGAGGUUCUAUUCUCUCACCAGAAAAUCUGGUUUGUUAAAAUUAUUUGGAUGUACAUUCUGCACAUGUAUUGUUCCUCCUGUAAGCCACUUGCUGUUAUUUGGCAGUGUGAUUAGCUAUUAGUGGAAUAUGUGCAAUACAAGCUGUCAAUUAUAAAAGUAUUACAAUUAUUAAUGUUUUCACAGUAAUGUCUUUGAAUCAAGAUAAUGCCCUUUGAUUGAAUAUGUAAGUUUCCAAAUUCAAUUCAAGCAGUGCAGUUAAAAUGAUCUGACACUAAAUGACAGAUACUAAAUGUUUUAUUUGAAUCAUAAUUGAGGAUAAUGGGGAACUAUAUUCAAUAUUUGAAACAGAUGGAUACUUGAAUAGAAACAUAAUUUGUUAUUCUCAAAUAAAACUCUGUUGGUUGGUUGUCACCACCAGCUAGUCCUCUA